GUUUGGGAUGAAACUCUUGCCAAAUCUGCAGAGGCUUGGGCUGCUACAUGCAUUUGGGACCAUGGACCUUCUUACUUACUGAGAUUCUUGGGCCAGAACCUGUCUGUAAGAACUGGAAGGUAUCGUUCUAUUCUCCAGCUGGUAAAGCCGUGGUACGAUGAAGUAAAGGAUUAUGCUUUCCCUUAUCCUCAGGAUUGCAACCCCAGGUGCCCCAUGAGAUGUUAUGGACCCAUGUGCACCCAUUACACACAGAUGGUUUGGGCCACUUCCAAUCGUAUAGGCUGCGCAAUCCACACAUGCCACAAUAUGAACGUCUGGGGAUCUGUUUGGCGACGAGCUGUUUACUUGGUAUGCAACUAUGCCCCAAAGGGGAAUUGGAUUGGAGAAGCACCAUAUAAAGUAGGAGUCCCAUGUUCGGCUUGUCCUCCAAGCUAUGGAGGUUCUUGUACCGACAAUCUUUGUUUCCCAGGAGUAACAUCAAACUACUUAUACUGGUUUAAAUAAGUUUACAUUAUUUUUAAAAGAAACACGUGGAUGAGUAACAAGAAGCUUGUAUAUUGAAUUUUGCACAUAUUAUAUAUAGAGAGAUAUUGUAAUAAUACUCUGAUGUUUUCUUUUUGUAUGCUUUUGUAUAAUUAGCUUUUAAAGUAUAGUAUAAUUUGGUUUUAACACUUCGGGAUGUAAGACUCACAUUAACCCUUUCAGAGUAACAUUUUUUAAAGGAGAGCAAACUAAUUUUCACCUUAGCAAGUGUAGCUUCCUGAAGAUUAGAUUCUAUUAAAAGCACAUUAACAGAUA